UAUACUAUUCAAAUGUUUUAAAGCAUUUCUUCAGUCUAUCUUUAGCAACACAGAAACACACAUCAAAACACGCCACAACAGACAGAUACUCCUUUUCAGGGUUUCAUAAAAUAGUCUCACCAAAGACUACGUAUUUAAAUAGUUUUUGAUUAUAAUAAGAACCAUGGCCUUUCUGGGUCACCUGAACAAACAAGGCGUUCUGAUUAAUUGCGAGAUAUUCAGUGGCAGUCGCUGCAAAGCUCUAGAGGGUCAAAGCCCCCAAGGGAAUGCAGAACACGGCACAGAUGCACAGCUCCUAAGUGCCAAAUCCUCCAGAACCUUCAUCAAAACCUAUGACGAUGGGAAAGUCGUUCCUGCCAUUGGCAAUCCCAGCACAUUACGUUGUGUGGACAGUUCCCUUUCGUCCUGUGACGCCAAUUUCAAGGACGAAACGGAUGGGUCCACACUAUGCUACUGUUCGCAGGGAACCAAUGAAACGGAAACAAUCUGUUUUCCGCAGGAAAAUGAGAGUGCAAGUUCUUCAAAUUCGUCGCAAUAUGAAGAGGCAAUGCCCAUCUCAAUGGAGGAGGAGUUAAUGCUGGAAAAAGGCUCCAACACUUCGAUGUGCAGUUCAACAAUUGAUAACAAUCCAUACAUUCCUUCGCUCAAACUUCAAACGAGAUCCGAUACCGAUUCGGGGGAAUACUCUCCCACAUACAGCCAAACGAUCAAGGUCCUGAAGCUGGAGCGUCCGGUCAAAGAGGCCUAUGACAAUUGGCUAUCGGCGAAGCGCGCACUACACCAGUACAAGCAUGAGGCCGAACUCCAGAAGGAGGAGGAUCGCCUGCAAAAGAUAGCCGAACGUCAACGGCUGGCCAAGGAGCGCUAUAGGCAAUGGUGCUUGAAAAAGUCCCAGCAGCAGUCGAAGUCCAAAUCAUCCAUGGAAGCCGCCCCGAAUGGUCCCAUCAAGAACAAGAAUAACUCUGCUGCAGCUCCACGUCUUGAUGCCGCCGCCCAGAGGCGUCUGCAGGAGUGGGAGUUGGAAAAAGUCAAGCAGGCCGAGAAGCGUCGUCAGCAGCAGCAAAAGGAGGCUCAAAAGCUCCAUCAAGAGACCCUUUUGCGCCUCAAGAAAGCGGAUGAGGCCUUCGAAAAAUGGAUUCAGAACGUGUCGCAGCGACCAAAGCCAGUGCCCCUCAAUCAGGGCUUCAAGUCGCUGCGUGGCACAAUCUCUGAUAUCUAUGUUAAUCCGAAUGAGUGGGUCGAUUGAGUAUUGUGAAGAUACAAGUAAAAUCGUUGUUUCAGA